AUGAUGACAAACAACCAGGUCAUCACAGGAGAAAUCACCACAGCACUGCCCGCUGAUGAUAACAUGCCUCCUCCGAGCGCAGUGGUCACAGAAAGUGUGUCGACCCCUGUAGAAGUUGUCCCGCCCAAGAAAUCUCGUCGGGGCAGGCCCAGGAAGUAUCCUGUGGUGGAGAAGAAAGAUUUCAACUACUUCAAGGACUACAUUGAUGUUGUGUUAGUGGAGAUGUACCGCUGCAGACUCUGUAAGUUUGACACCAUGAUGAAGGCAAACAUGACCAGGCACAUGCACAUCCACCACAACCAGAUCCAGAAGGGUGGAGAGGCAAAGGACGACAACAACAAAGGUGAAGACAAGGCUGAAGAACAAGAGAAGGAAAAAGAAGACGCUAAGGCAAGUGAUGAUGAAAGUCUACCAGAUGAUGGUGCCGUGGAUGACAAUGAUGAAGACAGUGACUAUGAACCUGAGAGGCCGAUAGUGAUCAAACCUCCAGAGGAAAUGCUAAUGGAGGGGGACAGAGGAAUCCCGCCCAAGCAGAGGUUCAAAAGGAGUGCUCCACUGACACGCAGAGCAGCCAAGCUUGCCAGGACUGAGGAUGUGGCACCAAAACCAGUGGAAUCCAUAGAAAAGGGUGCAGAGACAGAGGCUACAGCUUCUUCCAGUAUUACAAAUGGCACAGAAAGUCCUGAAGUCCAGCCCAGUACUUCAGACGAAUCCCAGCCAAAGAAAGCAUCGACAGCAGAGGAGGAAAAGGAGGGAAAAUCAGAUGCAACGGUUGAGGUUUCCCCAUCUCCUGUCAGGAGGAGGAGGGUGGCAAAGCUGAAAGCCAAGUGGAUCCGGAAAAUGAAGAAAGGCUACAGAGUUCGUAAGCUGAUGAGGCCUCACAGGUGUCGCAGCUGCGGUAUGCGCUUCCCCACAGUCACAGACUUGAACUUCCACCAGAAGUGUCAUGAUGGUGUCAGUACCAACAGUUUCAAGUGUCCCGACUGCCCUACAGCUGUACCAGGUAGAUGGUCAUCUCUAAAGGAACAUCAGUUCCACCACAAUGGGCAGUCCAAGCCCUACAAGUGUGACAAGUGUAACUACAGCAGUGUGUACAAGAAGGAUGUCACCCGUCACCAAUCCUCACAUACUACAGACCGUCCGUUUAUCUGUGAACAGUGUGGAAAGGCCUUCAAACGUGACAUUCACCUGAAGAGUCACAUCGAGACCCACCGCCGGAAGGCAGACCGUAAGCCCUACACCUGUGAGAUCUGCACCAUGAUGUUCACCCUGAAGAAGCCGUACAUGGAGCACGUGAAGGAGCACAACCAGCAGCCCAAGCUGUCGUCCUUCGCCUGCCCGGUGUGUGGGAGGACCUACACCAUGCAGAAGAGGCUGACGCAGCACAUGAAGACCCACAGUGCCGAGAAGCCUCACAUGUGUGACAAGUGUGGCAAGUCCUUUAAGAAAAGGUUUACCUUCAAGAUGCACCUGUUGACCCACAUCCAUGCCCGUGUAGAUGGGAAGUACGUCUGUGAGCUCUGCAGUUAUACCUGUGACAACAAGAGGGUGCUGUUGAACCACCAGAUGGCCCACAAUGAUGAGAAGCCUUUCAAGUGCAGCUUCUGUAAAUAUGCCUCUGCAAAAGAAGAAUUCCUGGUUGCUCAUGAAGCCAAGCACACUGGGGCCAAACCCUUUCAGUGUACCAUCUGCCAGUUCUCCACUCAGCACCAGCGUAACCUGAAGCUACACGUGAAGGGACAACACCCUGAGAAAUACUUGGAGCUAUUCGGGAAGGACGUACCCAAGAAGAGGCUGGGCAUUGAACUACAUAAACAGCUGCAGCAAUUGGUCCAGCAGGAGAGACAGCAACAGCACCAGCUCAUGCAGCAGCAGCAACAGCAGCAGCUCCAGCAGCAGCAGGAACAGCAGCUCCUGCAGCAGCAACAGCAGCAGCUGCAGCAGAUCCAGCAGCAGCAGUACGAACAGAUUCAGGUGCACAGCCAGGCACAGGCGGUUCAGGAUGCCGUCACGGCCCUGCAGGUGGUGGGCGCCGGUGAAGCCACCAUCGUGGAGAUCACAGAGGAUACAGGCGCAGGUCCGGAGGUGGCCACGGCCAAACUGUCUCAGUCUGGCACAACCACAAUCUAUGAGGCUACAGGAGCAGAGUCAGCAGAGAGUGUUGCCGAGUCAGCCCUUGAUCUGCUCCUAAACAUGAGCACCGCUCGAGACUCCAACAUCAGCGCCAUUCAACUCCCUCUACAGGAGGGGGAGGGCGAGACCAGGAAGGUUGUUACGAUCCACAUGGACCCAAGCGAGAACAUCGGCAACUACGAGUACAGGCUCCAGCCCGCCAACGUGGCAGGGGCGCGGGAGAUGGAGGUGACGCAUGUCGCUCUGAACCCCUACGCUGAAGGCCCUGUGGUGUCCCAGCAGCAGAUGUAUGCAGGAGAUCCCACAGAGGUGUCCCACACGGUAGUGGUGACGGCCGGAGACUCCUCCACAGACAAAGGCACCCAGUAUGCCAUGGGAGUUCCCAUCUCCCAACAGUAUGCCGUACAGGGAGGGCACGAGUACACCGAGUAUGUCAGUGAGGAGGACAGUCAGGGGUCUUCCACUCCAAAGAAGUUCACCUGCAAGCAGUGCUCGCUGUCAUUCAGUGGGCGGAGUGAACUGGAAAUCCACAAGAAAGCCCACAGUGGUGGACAGGGGUUCAAGUGUGUGGACUGUGAUUUCUCCACACUGGACUGGCUGGCUCUGAAGGAGCACAUGCAGGAGCAUUCUGCUUUACGCCCACACAAGUGUGACCAGUGUUCCUUUGCCUCCAAGAACAAGAAGGACCUGAAGCGGCACCAGAUGACGCAUACGAACGAGAAGCCCUUCACCUGCGAGGCUUGUGGGCAGCGCUUCAACCGUAACUGCCACCUGAAGUUCCACAUGGAGAGGAUACACAACACACAGAAGCCUCAGCAGUCCCCCCAGCCUACACACUCAUCUAUACAGGAAGCAAGCUUGCUGCAGGCCAUCUCAGAGGCCAGCACAUCCCUGCCCCACCAGGUGGUGUACACCACACAGCAGGCCAUGUCCACUCCCAGUAUGGCCACUCAGGACACCAUGACCCUGGGUCAUCAGGAGGUGGUCAGUACAGCCGAGAUCAUCCACCAUGUCAUCCUGACCACGUCUCAUCCACAGGAAGGUGAGGGUCUGCAGCAGUUGAUGAGUCAGCAGCACAUGGUGACCGCUCCCAGCACCAGUCUGGCCCAGCAGCCUACCACCUCCACCAUGCACCAACAGGUGCACCAACAACACUACCAGCAGCAAGGACUCCCGCAGCAGACCCUGCAGCAGCAGCAGCAGGCAGGACUGAUGCAGCAGGACGGCUCCCUGCAGCAGCAGCAGGCCACCCUGACACAACAGUACACCACCCAGGAGUACGACACCAGCACAGAGGUCAUGCAGGCCACCAGUAACAUCCUACACAACUACACACGCUACUAGACUAGCUCCCCACAAAUUCCAGGAUGAUUUACAACACCAGUUAGGCCACACCGAUUUAAUUUUAUGGAUGAUAUCUGCCUGUUCUCAAAAAAACAAAUCACCUCCUCCAAGGCUCUGGCUAUG